AUGUUCCGAGUAGAUGUGAUUUCAUUAGAGAUUGUGCAGACCAAAUCGGGCUCUCCGCAGCGAUUGAUCUUCACCACCCCUUUUCUGCUCUCAAAAAAAUCCGAAAGAAGAGCUAUUCUGAAGAUACGAAAUACAAUAAUUCAAAAUAGCAAGAUUAUGGAAACUGCCAACAUGACAACUGAAGUGAUAGCAUUUGCCCGCCCCUACAGAAGUAGGAAAUCUCCACCUUGUGAUUUUUGCCGCAAAAGAAGGACGUGCUGCCUCAAAGAAGCUGGGUCAAACCGAUGCAUAGGAUGUAGAGUCAGAAAAGCCGAGUGCACCUACAUCGAAAGACCUGCGGCCAAAAAGAGGCCCCCACCAAGAGAACGGCCACAGUACGAAACCAAGGACCAGCGGAUUGCACUCAACAUCUCACGAGAUGGGUCUGUGAAUAUAGAAGUGACAACCACAGACCCUUUCAUUGCAAGGGAAAUUCCAGAAGUGGAAUCUGAAAUGCGUGGAAUGGACAACAGACUGGAGUUGCAUAACGGUAAAACAUCUCUAUUCGUUGGCUUCAGUGGAGACCAAGAUCCUUGGCUAUUACAGAGAGUAGCAAGGGAAACACCAGGUUCGGCCGAAAAAAGAUAUACAAAUCCUGCUCGAGAUAUAAAUGAGCCCAUAUUUUUCUCCAUAUGUCCAACUAUAUAUCUUGACCCACGACCAGACCAUUACUGCAUCGAUAGUGUUAACGAGGUGGUGAAGCCAUUCAGUCCCAAGAUUCUCAUAGACACCUACUUUGCUUCGGUCAAUCCUUCAUAUCCGGUGAUAAACGCAAGCAUACUUUCUGACUCCAAUCAGAAUAUAUCUGCCACUUUGUUGGCUGCCAUUUACGUGAAGGCAUACUCCCAUGUUCAAGGCGAUCUGAAGGCUCUUGCCCUGGAGAAGGAAAAACGCAGAGACUGGUAUGCCCUUUUCGGAUUUCUUGGAAAAGCCCUCCCAAUAGAAUGCGGUGCUGCCACAUUACAAACUGUGCAAGCACUACUUCUGAAACUACAUUUUUUGCCUAUAAUUAUCAGAGAUGCAAAUGCUCCAUGUGCAUGGGUGGAGACAGCUUCUCUGGUCGCCGUCAACCAGGACCUGGGGCUCAACGUGGAUCCGUCUUUGUGGGACCUUCCAAAGUGGGAAAAGCGACUACGAAGGAGAUUAUGGUGGGCUACUUAUGCGGAAGAUAAGUGGCAGGCUUUGGGGUUAUCGAGACCUAGCCAUAUUCGUGAUGAAGACUUUAGCGUGGGAACCAUCUGCGAGGACGAUUUCGUUGAGGAGGGGGAUGACGAUCAAACUGCGAAGGAAAAAAUGGCUAAGAAGGUGGGAGUUAAUAUGUUCAUUGCUUUGGUUCAUUUGACUGGAAUUCUGGCCAAGAUGCUCACUUCAUUCUACUCCACAAGAACAGUUCUUCAAUCGCGCAAGCCUGCAGAUGAGGUCAUGUCUAUAGGCGUUGAUCUUAUCAACAGAUUGAACGCAAUAGAAAAUAUUUACUUUUCCAAAGAGAAAAUCCCUUCUCAUCUUUUGGGAAGUAUGGUUUCAUUGAGACUGGCCAAAGCAACGUUAACAAUGUCAUGUUGCAGAUCUAUUCUGUAUGCUGAUAGCAAGGUCACCUUCUCUGAAAUACAGACCAGGGCAUACGAGUGUGCCCGUGACUUCAACGUGUAUUUGGAGACUCUUGGUAACAAAAAUCUUGAUUGCCAUUGGUGGAGUUUUUCUAGAGUAAACUUUUCGAUAGUGGGAGCUUGCAUCCUUGCCUUCUACGUUGCUGCAGAUAAAGAAGGCGAUGAACUGGUAUGGAGGGAUAUUGUUUAUCGAUACAGAAACAACCUUGUUUCCAUCUGGAAUUUAAAUCGUGUGACCGAGUUGGCUUUAUUGAGAUUUGACAGCCUUUUAUCCAGAGUUGAGCGUGCCAUGGAAUCUGAGUCCCGUAUAAGAUCCUACUCCAGAGGACCUUCAUGCACGAAACCAAGCGGAUCUCCACUCAAAGACUUUGCAAAUGACCCUUUCGAAAUAAACGAUCUCGCUCCAGCAUUGAAGAGCUUUAUGGAGGAGGACAACUUUUUCAUGGAGUGGUUGUCCAAGAAUAAUUUUCAGAUGUUUUGCAAGAACUUCAAGGAGCAAUAG